CGGAAAGCAACCUUAAAAAUGUAGAGACCGCGGUAUCGGUUCAAUUUGUUAAGAUAUCGCUUCAUUGCUUUCCCUUUUAACUUAUAGUUUAGUGAAAUUGCAGUUGUUCCGUGAGCACAAUGACGGAGUAUCAGUUAUUUCGCAAACAGACAGAGUCCAUAAUUACACUGCUGACAGAGACAGCUCGAGACGAGAUUCAGAAAGUUUUUGAUUGUAAAAAGUCCGCGUCCCUCACUGAAAUUGAUGGAGAUGUGACUCAUGAAAUACAUGAGAGACAGCUCAAAAUUGAAAAGCUCACGGCUGUGAUGGAGACCCUUACUAAGGUGGCCAUGCAGAAAAUAUGCAGACUUUUCAGGUAUUGCAUUGCAAUGAAACAAGCUCAGAUGAAAAGUGACUACAAUAUUUUUUUAAACUUGAAAAGCUCAGUGGAGGAAAAUGUAAACACACCCGAAGAGAGCCAAAAUGCUCAAAGUGUCAGUGGUUUGCCUGAUUCUGUAGAUGAAGCUCCAUCAGUUACUCCACUGGGUCAGAAUCCAGAUGCUGUGUUACAUGAAGAAAAUGUAGAACUGCAGGACUCUGUUGAAGACCAGCAGUGUGCACCAGUGGGUGACAUUGUUGCUGCAGUUAGUUCAGAGGAGCAUUGUUAUGUGAAGCCAAUACGAGCAGAUUUGACAGACGUUGAAGAAAGAGUCUCUGUUGAGGUGGAAGUCUCAGACACACUGGCAGAAGAAAACAGUGCGAAACCGAAGAAAAUUAGGAAGAAAUUUUCAUACGAAUGUAAUGUGUGUAGAAGGACAUAUAGCAGGAAAUCCAGACUAAGACAGCACAAGUGUGGACAAAGGGUUGCCCACAAAUGUGACAUGUGUGAACUGACAUUUGCCAGGAAAUAUGAACUGGAACGGCACAAACGUGAACAUGUACAAAGCAUCUCUCACAAAUGUGACAAGUGUGGAAAGAAGUUUAAAUUUUUAAAAGCAUUCCAGAAACACCUACUGCGUCACACUGAGGAGAAGAAAGAGUGCUGUAAAACAUGUGGGAAGAUCUUUGCAGAUCUAAAGACACAUGAGCUUGUCCACCUGGAAGUAAAGCCAUAUCUUUGUGGUAUAUGUGGACAUGGGUUCACUGUAAAGACGACUUUGCAAGCUCAUCAGAGAAUCCACACAGGUGAAAGACCGUACUGCUGUGACGUAUGUGGGAAGCAGUUUUCAACCUCAGGUAGCCUUGCUGUCCAUCGGAAAAUUCAUUUAUCUGAAAAACCAUUUAAAUGCAGCCUCUGUGACAAGACUUUCAGUAUGAGGAGAAAUUUACGACUACAUGAAGCUGUUCACACAGGAGAGAAACCCCACGCGUGUCACAUAUGUGGACAGAAGUUUGGACGCGUGGCAUAUCUUAAUAGACACCUGGAAAUUCACAGUGGUUUGAAACAGUAUGCGUGUUCUGUAUGUGAGAAGCGAUUUAGUCAGAGGAAAAUUCUAAAAAGUCACAUGUUGAUACACAGCGCCCACAAAUCAUACAUGUGUGAAAUAUGUGGAAAAAGAUUUAUUUAUAAUUGCUUUUUAAAGAAACACUUACUCACACAUAGUGACAACGGGGACAUUGAAGCUGAGAUAAACCCCUUUCGUUGUGAGGUUUGUGGAAAGUGCUACAGUAGUAAUUCUCUACUUAUAGUACAUCAGAGGCUCCACUCAGAAACGGAUCCAUACAUGUGUAAAGUGUGUGGGAAAAGCUACAGUGGUCCAGAUUCACUUAAGGAACACGAGAAGCUUCAUUCAGCUGUGACAAUUCCUUCAGAAGUGAAACCAAUAUUUAAGUGUUCGCUGUGCGGUAAGGUUUUCACUCAGAGAUCUGGUCUGAAAAUGCACGAGGUUGUUCAUACCAAAGCAAAACCUCACAAAUGUUCAGUUUGUGGGAAGGGCUUUGGCCUGCCAAAUGGUCUCAAAGUGCACAUGCUCAUUCAUACUGGUAAAAAACCGCACAGGUGCGAAACAUGUGGAAUGUCCUUUCGCUUAGCUACGAACUUAAACCGACACAUUCGAGUUCACACUGGGGAGAAGCCGUUCAGUUGUGAAGUUUGUGGAAAAGGAUUUGGACAAUCCAACAAUUUGAAAGCGCAUAUGCAGAUGCACACUGGAGUGAAACCCUACACAUGCCAGAAAUGUGGGAAGAGCUAUGCAUAUGCUAGAAAUUACAAUGACCACAAAUGUAAACCUUUAUGAAAAAGUGCCUGAAAGUAUGUUAACACUUGUAACGGAAUUGCAGUGCUAUGUUCAUUUUGUUAUAUUUGUAAUAUAAUUUGUAAACAUAUAAGGACACUGUCUGUUAAACAAUACAUAACACUGGAUUGUUAACUACGUGGAAGAAUAUAGAAUUGAGAAUAUUGAACAGAUAGGACACUAAAUUGUGCUGUGUUCUCUAAUGGAUUUCAC